GCAGCCGAGGGAGGAGCUGACAGAAGUUAGUUUCAUUUUGACACACAACAGGCUAAAUCCCUCAGACGAGAAACUUUACAUCAACUAAAAGCUGCUCAUGGACAACAUUGAACUCAUCGUGUCCAUCGCCUCCCAGAUCUACUCCCUGAUGGAGAAGGUGAAGGCCAACAAGAAGCGAUGCCAUCGUGUUUGCGAUCGCGUCAAAGCUCUGGAGCGUCUGGUGGAGUCAAUUCUCCAGCAGAGAAAGAAGGGACAAACCUCUGCAGACGUAGAACGAUGCCUCGAGGAACUCUCCAUCACUCUGCAAUCAGCGAAGGAGGUCAUGGAGAAAUACUGCGGGGCAUCUUUUAUGAUGCGAGUGCUGAAGUCCGGCAGCCACGAAGACGAGUUCAACACCUUGAACGACCUGCUCAACGACGCCUUCCAGGUCCUUUCAGGAUCUCUGCAGGUGGAGCAAGGCAACGUCCUGCUGAAGGGGUUUGAACAAUCCACCAGGGAGAAAGAGGACGAGCAGGACAGGAAGCAGGAUGACAGAGAGCUGAAGAUACUUCUACUGCAGUAUAUGGAGGAGCAGCAGAAGCUAGCACACAAGUUGCAGGAAGACAUUAUUAAGGUCUUGAAAGUCUUGGAGAAGCCCUACGAUGAGGGCAUCCAGAUCAUCAAACAGCAGGAUCUUAAAUACGAGCAUGUUGACGGCCUGACCAAGAAGCCCUUCAGGACAACGCCAACCUCAGAGGUCUACAGAGGAGAGUACCGUAGUUUCCCAGUGGCCAUCAAGAGAUACACUGACCCUGCGACCACCAACAUAAGGGAGGUGAAAAGAUGUUUCGAAAAGGAUGUGGAAACCAUGAAAGCGUUUCAGUCGCCCAACAUCCUGCGAAUGUUUGGCAUCUGUUUCAAGGACGAGACGGGACCUAAACCUCAGUUUCUCAUCAUCAUGGAGUACUGUGAGAAGGGAAGUCUGCGGGAGGUUCUAGACUCUGGUUGCACACUGAGCUGGAACCAGAAAGCUCGUAUGUGCCGCGACGCAGCGCAGGGACUUUACCGACUGCACCAGUCUGAAGAUAAAUCUAAAGUUCAUGGAUGCAUCAACAGCAGCAAUUUUCUGGUAGCUGACGGCUACACAGUCAAGCUGGGAGGCUUUGAGUUUUCACAAACUGAGACGUCUCUGAGAAAGCCAACGAAGGGCGGGGUGAACAGGUCCUUCACCUACUCCUCUCCUGAGUUGCUGGAACACAUUAACAACUACAGCAAAGAGUGUGAGGUUUACAGCCUUGGAAUCGUCCUCUGGGAAGUUGCAACUGGACGCAAACCUUUUGACGGUUUGAAGACAGCUAAAGAAGUCGAACAGAAAGUGUUCGUAGACAAAUACCAGGAGCGGCUUGACGACUGUCCCAAAGAACUAGAACUUCUGAUCAACGCCUGCCGGGCCUACGAUCCCUUCCAGAGACCGUCUGCUGGAGAGCUGGCGAAGAAACUGAAGAAAUGGGUGACACAGUUGGAGAAGGUGUAAAGCCUUCAUGCCUCUCAGUCUGCAGUACUCAGGGUUUCUGAUCACGGAUAUCCUCAGGAGACCAAAUGAUAUGAUACACUUUGUUGAAGAAAGGAAGAAAAUGGAACAAUGUAUUUUAUUAUAUAAAGCUUAAAUAUGUUAAAAACUGUGUUAAACUCUGAAUGCCAUAGUCAUGUAUCGUAUAGUUUAAUGCUUUAGCAAUAUAAACAGGAUGUAUAACAGAAAUCCUUACAUGGGUACUUGUAAAGACCUAUGUAGCAAAGUACGCACUUCCUCUUUCCAGGAGAUGAACUUUUUACGCACUCCCGCUUUUAGAUUGAACUUCUUACGCACUUCCCCUUUCGAGGAGAUGAACAUCUGUUAUGUAUUUCCUUGCGGGAGGUGAACAUUUAACCACAGCAACAAAGAAGGACACCUCUAACGCACCAGCUUGCAGGCACAGGAUGUGACAAACCACGUGUCAAAUCACGUGACAGGCCGCGGGAAAGAAGAUGAUAAAAGGAGACUGAAGAACAUUGGAAAUCAGUUCCUGUUGAACUCAGCAGCUCUAGCAGAAGACGGAAGAAAGAUACUAACUAGUAGUGUAACUUAGACCCCAGAUAUAAUAUAUAUCUGAGCAAACCUAGACGGAGCAGAUAUCAUCUAUAUCUGAGCUAAACGCAGUUCAUUAUAGUGUGUGGUGUUAUAACUUGUGAAACUUUAAAUAAAACGACCUGUUCACACUUGUGAGAGGAAACUAAA